AUUUUCGUCUAUUGUAGGUCUGAACCCUCUAGUAUACUUUCAGGCUCCACCUCAAUUUUCGACUUGACAUUCCUUGUACCCCAGAUCCUCUGGUUGUUCUGCUGCUUUUAUCUAUUCAACAAGAAAUUCAAAAUUGCCACUGAGUCUCAGUGAUUGCCCAGACCCAAGGAAAUGUCUCCAACAAUCCAUUUUGUCCCGCAAAACGUUCCAGGUUAUGGGCCAGCAGACAGAAGAUGCUUUCCCUACUCCAGAAUUUCUGGACAAGCACUCAGACUGUUUCCCUGCUCUUCAUGUGGCAACUACCAAACCCCAACGCAUUUCAAGAUUCUGUCUUUGACAGGCACUUCCAGGGGGAUGUCUUCUGUGUGCAAAGCUGGUUACAGAAGAAACCCAGACUUCCCAAGACAAAACAAGCAUGGGUUCUCCCGAAGUAGAAACAGGCAAAAUGAAGAGAGAGAUGGUUCUGAAACCCUUGAAGAAUCUGAAUUUUUUACCUCAAAAAACGGGCCAUUGCUUUCUAUGUCUAGUGCUUCAAAAUUCCAAGCAACAGCUGCUCCAGGGCCAAGAGAAAAGGAGAUUGUUGAACUUUUCAGGAAAGUCCAGGCUAAACUUCGAGAAAGAGCAGUUGCCGAGGAAGAGAAGAAAAUUGAGUCACCACAGGGGCAUGGCAAGGAAAGUGAAACUGUUGAUUCUCUCCUUAAGCUUUUAAGGAAGCACACUACCCAACAAGGCAAGCGAACUGGCAGUGGCAGAAACUUCAUUUUGGACCAGGCUGAACAGAAUGGUGGGAUGGAGGAAGAGAAAAGCACAAGCUCCUUGGACUCGAAUAACAGUGCGAAGGAUGAGGCUCAUCAACGUGAGUCCCCUUCUUUUAGCAGGCCAGUCUCAAAUUUUCGACGGAGGUCUCCAGUACCUAAAGUCCAAUUCCAGAGCAACUAUGUAUCGGCAACUGAUACUCGUUUAGAUGGUAAAAGGGAGAGGACUCAUCCUGAUCCCGAGACAGAUGAGCCAAAGCUAGAUAGUGAGCCUGAACCCAAUUUUCCCGAUGGCGUGUUUGAUGGAAUGUCAGAGGAGGAACCCGUUGAUAUUGAUGAAGGUUAUAGUGAUGAAGACGUAGAAGAACAUAAACCAAUUUUAGGUGAGGAGUUGAGUGCGAUGAAGUUACCAGAACUGAGAGCCCUUGCAAAGUCUCGUGGUUUGAAAGGGUUCUCAAAGCUCAAGAAACACCAGCUUGUGGAGUUACUGGUUGGGGGCUCAACCUAAUCAUACAGAUGCAUAGGAGAGCUAAAGCAUGAGAACAAUUUUACGUCUUGAGAAAGUCUCGGCAUUGUCAUCAUCAUGCCACCAGUUUUAUGUAGUUCCGUAAUUUUACAUUUGAGAGUGUAUACAUUGUCACCAUGCUUCCAGUUUUCUGUAGACUAGCUUUGUUAGGUU